AUGGCUCACCCAUUAACCAGGAAAUUGCUAAAGGACUGGAAGUAUUUUAUGCGCCAUCCUGAAAAGACCCAGGGCCUUUUUCAUGUAAGGCCCCAUGAUUCAGACUUACAUCUUUGGCAUGUAGUAAUGUACGAGCCCAGGACUUCUUUGGAAGUUUAUUUACUGCUUUAUAUUGGUGGAAAUGACCAGGACCCAUAUAUUAUCAUGAAAUGUCUGUCUCCGAAUUCUUGCUUUCCAAUCAACAGGACAGUUUCGAUGACACACUUAAACUAUCUUCUAUCGAAAGACUUGGGAUUGCAGGAUUUACUUUCCCAUAUAUGGCAACCACUUUUUCAUAUUCAAGCAACAGAAGACUUACAGUAUUCACCCUCAAUGGUAAAAUUCAACAAGGCGUGGAAUAGAAUUAUUUACAAGGACUUUAAAUCUUACUUCCCAGAACUGAUAGGUACUCUGCAACCAGGUGACUAUUCUAUAGUAAAGAGUUAUUCCAAGAACCUUAAUAUCAGCAAUAGUAAUAGUAACAGUGUUAAUGAAUUUAUGUCGUUUUACAACUCUCAAAGUCACAACUUUCAUGUACAAGACAACAACAAAAAUCCUUAUAUUAACAACAGCAUAGGAAAGACUGGUAUAUCGUCUACUCUUAAUAAUAACAACAAUAACAAAAAGACACAUGACUACAAUACUAUCGACUUCAUGACCAGAAAUCUACUUGCAUGUGAUGAUGACAGUAUUCAUCCGGUAGUAAGCUCUAAAAGGUCGAGAACAUCGACAUGUCCAGACGAAAUAAACGAGAAUCGCAGUAAUGAGCAUUACACAAAGAGGAAAAGAAUCUAA